AAUUUUUUGUAUUGUGUGCAAUUAAAAUAAAGAAAAUUUUAGAAUAUUCUAGAAAAUAAUCGAAUAUUCCCCAAAAAAAACAUUGAAUAAUCGACAUGGAAUCACCACCGACUGCAACAACAUCAAACAAUGUCGAAGAUCAACAACCAAUCUUUCGUGAAAUCAAUCCCGACGAUCCAAAUCCCGAAACAACUGAAAUCGAAUCUGCAUGCAUGCAAUGUUUCAAAACUGGCUCCACAACACUUUUAUUAACUAAAAUUCCAUUCUACAAAGAAGUGGUAUUAAUGUCAUUCCGUUGUCCCCACUGCCACUUCGAAAACAAUGAAGUUCAAUCGGCCAUGGAAAUUCAGAAACAAGGAGUUCGUUAUGUUCUUACUGUCAGUGGAGUGGAAGAUUUAAAUCGGAAAAUUGUACGCUCUGAUUAUACUUCCACUCAAAUUCCUGGAGUUGAUUUAGAAAUACCCGCCAAAACGCAAAAAGGUGAAAUAACCACGGUCGAGGGAAUCUUUGACCGGACAAUACGAGGAUUGAGCCAAGACCAGGCUAAACGUUAUUUAGAAAAUCCUGACAUUGCCAAAUCGAUUGAUGACUAUAUUGAGCGUUUGAAAUCGUUCAAAGACACAUUUCCAUAUAAAAUCAUUCUUGAGGAUAUCUCUGGGAAUGCUUUUGUAGAGAAUCCUUUAGCUCCAGCAAAUGAUCCGAAUUGCAAGGCCACUCAUUUUGACAGAACUACCGAACAAGAUGAAAGUUUGGGAAUGUACGAAAGUGCAGCCCAAAAACAAGAGAAAAAGUCACAGAAUUCAAAUCUACUCAAACCAAUUGCCGAAGGCUCGUGGCCAAUUGAAGAGCUUCACGGCGAAGUCUUUCAAUUCAAUACGAUUUGUCACUCUUGCAAAUCGCCUUGUGAGACUAACAUGAAACUCACCAACAUACCACAUUUCAAAGAGGUUGUCAUAAUGGCAACGGUUUGUGACCAUUGUGGUAAUAAAACAAACGAAGUCAAGUCUGGUGGUGGUAUUGAAGAUCAAGGAAUUCGGAUAGUUCUUAAAAUCGACAAUGUCGAAGAUCUAUCUCGAGAUGUACUCAAAUCGGAGACAUGUCAACUUGAAAUACCCGAAAUUGAAUGUCAAGUUGGAGCAUCAGCUUUGGGUGGUCGAUUUACAACAGUCGAAGGUAUAUUUGCUGCUAUGAAAUCCCAACUCGAAGGUAAUGGAAUUUUAUUCCAUGACUCGGCUGAUCCUGAAACAAAACAUCGUUUGGAGACUUUUGUUGAGAAAUUUGAUGAUAUUGUUUCGUUGAGAAUUCCAGCUACGCUGAUACUUGAUGAUCCAGCUGGUAAUAGUUAUGUUCAGAGUUUGGUUGAUGAGGGAACAGAUCCGAAGAUGACGGUUACGCGUUAUGAGAGGACAUUUGAUCAAAAUGAAGAUUUGGGAUUGAAUGAUAUUAAGACGGAGAAUUAUUAAAAAAAAAAAAUGAUAACAGUAGCGUUUGAUCAGCAAGUAAAUGGAAGCAUUUUUUGAAUAUUAUUUUAUAUAUUUUUGUUUUUCUUUCACAUAAAUUCCUAAACAAGAAAAUUUCGAUAUUUAUAGAAAA